UUAUGUCUUCGGAGAUUAAAGCUUUUGUAUCACAGCGUACUGUUCUUGAUGAUGAAGUUUCACCAGCGAUUGUCGUUGUUUUAAAUGAAAAAAUUCAUGAAGUAAUUUGUGGUGAUAUUAAUGAAAAAAUUAAACAUGUUAAGAAUAAAUAUUCUGGAAUAAUAAUUGAAGAUUUUGGAUCAAAUGUUUUAAUGCCUGGUCUUGUGGAUUCUCACGUUCAUAUCGAUGAUCCUGGACGUACACAGUGGGAAGAAUUCAAAACAGCAACAAAAGCUGCCGCUGCUGGUGGAGUUACAACAAUUAUUGAUAUGCCACUCAAUUCUAUACCACCGACAACGACUGUCGAUAAUUUGAAAGUUAAAAUAAAAUCCGCUGAAGGAAAUGUAUUUGUUGAUGUUGGCUUUUGGGGUGGGGUUGUUCCUGGAAAUACUAAUGAGUUAAAAAAAAUGGUCGAAGCUGGCGUAGUUGGUUUCAAAUGUUUUUUAAUACCAAGCGGAACAGAAGAAUUUAAACAUGUUACUUUACCGGAAGUCGAAGAAGCUCUUAGAGAAUUGCAAACAACUUCAGCUGUUCUUGCGUUUCAUGCAGAAUUAGAAGAUAAAGUAUCAGUAGAAGGAAUGGAUCCAACAUUAUACAAAACUUUUCUUCAUUCACGUCCAUCUAGUAUGGAAGUACGUGCUAUUGAAGCAGUUUCUUCGCUCUGUAAAAAAUACAACGUACGUUGUCAUAUUGUCCAUUUAUCAGCAAGUGAAGCUCUUGAUAUUGUAUCAGAAGCUAAGAAAAACAAUGUACCGCUAACUGCAGAAACUUGUUAUCAUUAUUUAACAAUUAUUGAUGAUGAAAUUCCUAAUUGUGAUACUAGAUUCAAAUGUUGCCCGCCAAUUCGCUCAAAGGAAAAUCGGGAAAAAUUAUGGAAAGCUUUGGAAAAUGGAGUAUUGGAUAUGAUAGUUUCAGAUCAUUCACCUUGUACUCAAGAUCUUAAGAGUAAUAAUUUUAUUGAUGCUUGGGGUGGAAUUUCUUCUUUGCAAUUUGGAUUGCCGAUAAUUUGGACAGAAGCACAGCGAAGGGAAAUAAAUAUUUGCAAAAUCGCCCGUUACAUAUCAACAAAUCCAGCAAAUUUAUGUGGACUAGGCAAAAUAAAAGGACGAAUUUAUCCAGGAAUGGAUGCCGAUUUCGUCGUAUGGGACCCUGAGUCCCAGUUGAUGGUACAAAAAGCGGAUAUAUUAUACAAGAAUAAGAUAAGUCCUUACGAAGGAAAGAUAUUUAAUGGUCGCGUGGUAUCGACAAUUCUGCGUGGGAAAUUCAUCUACAAAAACGGUCGCAUUGCUGAAAAUUCAAACGGAAAACUUAUUUUAAAUAAACCAUACUCAUAAGUUUACCUUAUAUUUAAAAAAUACAAUAAAGAAACAAAUAUGAGGUCUUGGGUCAACACUUGUGACCUUGUCCGCGACGUAAAAUAUCAUCAUGACUCAUUUUUUUCUCUACUUCCACUCUAUCACAAAUGACGUCAUCGCACAUAAUCUCUGGAUUAAAACAAAUCUUGUAAAAGCAAUAAACAAAUAUAUCCAUGUUAAAAAAAAACA